AUGUUACCACACGACAACUCCUGUGUAUUAUCCUCCAGCAUUGCCCAUGCCAAUGCCAAUGGCAAUGCCUAUGCCUCCAACCCAAUAUACUAUAAUGCCGCCGAUGUCAGUUGUCAUUUUACCUAUUGGAGUGGUAUUUCACUAGAAAGACGUAGACGAUCACUUCACGGAUUCGACAAACGGCGACAGGCUGGGCAGAUGGGUAACGGAAUGGGCGGAGGAAAUGGUGGAAAUGGUAUGGGUGGAAACGGAAUGGGUGGAAAUGGUAAGGGUGGUAGAGGCGACAAUGGGAUGGGCAUGGGUAGAAAUGGUAAUGGAAUCGGCAGUAAUGGAAUGGGUGGAAAGGGAAUGGGUGGCAAUGGAAUGGGUAUGGGUGGCAAUGGAAUGAGUGGUAGAGGUGGCAACGGAAAUGGUGGAAUGGGUCCUGGGGGAAUGGGUCCAGGUGGAAUGGGUCCUGGUGGAAUGGGUCCUAGGGGAAAUGGAAUGUGUGGAAACUUUAACGAUGGAACGGGAAUGAAUGGUAAUGGAAUAAAUAGAAAUGGAAUGAGCGGCAAUGGCAGAAAUAGAAAUGGAAUGAAUGGAAAUGGAAUUAAUGGAAAUGGAAUGAAUUCAAAUGAUAUGAAUGGCAAUUUGAACACGUCCAAUCGCAAGAAGCGUAGUGUGAACGGAUUUGACAAACGUCGACAAGCUGGACAGCAAGGCAAUGGAAUGGGCGGCGGCAAUAGAAUGGGUGGCAAUGGAAUGGGUGGAAAUGGAAUGGGUGGCAAUGGAAUGGGUGGAAAUGGAAUGGGUGGCAAUGGAAUGGGUGGAAAUGGAAUGGGUGGCAAUGGAAUGCGUGGAAGAGGUGGCAAUGGUGGGAUGGGAGGGAAUGGAAUCGGUUAUGCUGGAAUGUGUGGGAACGGAAUGGGCAUGGGACAAGGUGGUAUGGGAAUGGGUCCUAACGGUCCGAAUGGGCCUAACGGGAACGGUGGUAUGGGAAUGGGUCGAAAUGGAAUGGGUGGCAAUGGAAUGGGACAAAUGGGUGGACGAGGAGGAAUGGGUCAAUUGGGUGGCAACCCUGGACAAUGGAACAACAACAAUAACCCUGGCGUUCAAUAUUCAGCCCAGACUUCUGGAUUUGCAAAUGGUAGACAGGCAAUGCAAAAAUCUUCCUACUCGAUCAACGGUCGCCCCUACACUAUGCAAGCUGACUGGAAACAGGGCCAAGGACUUAACAUUUCGUCAGAUUAUGGAUCCGCUGCCUACAUGACUCAAACGUCUCUUAACCAAGACUCAAAUGGUGCCUUUGGGGAUGCAAGUGUUACUUUAGCGGCCAGACGCCGCACGACACACUUCGAGACGUUGCCGCUGUUGACCAUGCAUACAUUUUUGCUAACUUUGUUGUUGAUCGUGUCCACGAUCGAGAUUCAAGCGCGCGAAGCAAAAAAGCCAGCGGCAGAAGUGGGUCAAAUUAUCAAAGAUCUUGAGGAAGUUCAUUUGGAAGAGACAAUUCAGCGAGGGGGCCCUUGCACGCUGGACAUUCAAAAGGAUUUGCCGCUCUCCAAUCUGCAGCCGCUUUACCUGCAUCCCGGCACAAACACCUACUGGCUGCCCAAUGACGAGGGGCAGCUGCAGAUACCGCGUGGCGCCAGCAUCGAGCUCUAUUGUAGUCACUCAUUUGCGAUUGUCCACAGCGAUGAGAAUGUUUCGUCUACUCCCAGUUCCACGUCCACUCCCAGUUCCAUAUAUGCGCGCUGCCUACAUGACACGACCUUUGAUUGGGCGGGUACAAAAUACGAGCUGAGAGAUUUUUCCUGCACCUAUCCACUAUCCUACGUUGUGGAGCGUAUGGAACAGCCGUGCGGGGAUGGUGAUUACGCUUCACCGGCUCGCAUUUACCGUGUGGGCUAUAACAUCAGCGCUGGUCGAUUUGUGCGCACCAUGGAGCUAUGCCACGAUGCGGACCAGCUGCGAACACACUACGCGGCCUACCAGUUGCUGCCAGCCAACGAGCACUUUCAGCGACAAGUGAAACGCGUUAAAUUCAGCGCUGCCGGCCAAUUUUCUGGUUACGACAUGGACCGUCUCUACUCCCAGGCACACCAGCAGCAACGGUUGGCCCAACUAUGGCAGCAUCCUGAUGACGACGCCAGCAGAGACAGUUUUCUAAAGGCGGGCCUCUACCUGGCACGCGGACACCUGGCGGCCAAGGCAGAUCUGAUUUAUGCUAGUCAGCAGCGCACCAGCUUUAACUACCUAAAUGCGGCUCCUCAGUGGCAGAGCUUCAAUGGUGGCCAUUGGGCAACUGUGGAGGAUACAACGCGUCGCCUUGUGGCUCGCUUAGGUCUCUCCGUGAAUGUCUAUACGGGCACCUAUGGCGUAAUGCAGCUCCCAAACGUGGCCCAAACUAACUUCCACCUAGCCACAGAUGUCAAGUCUAACGGCGUGCUGGCUGUACCACUUCUCUACUACCGCUUGCUUAUCGACCAAAAAUAUCCGAGUCGUGGCUUGGCGCUCGUGGGUGUCAACAAUCCGAGCGCCACACUCAGCCAGAUCUUGGAAUCAUAUAUGAUUUGUAACCCUGUGGAUCUGGAACUUGUGCCCUCGUUCCUACGCUGGCUGCAGGCUGCAGAUCUCAGAAAAGGUUAUCUAUACGCGUGCCGCGUUUCAGAUUUGGCCAAUGUCGUGGGACAUCUGCCGCCUGAGUUGGCGGAAGUAAACGAUUUGCUUGUGGAGUCGAUCGAGGUGCAUUAAGUUCUUGUUGACAAAUAU